AUGAAGCGUAAGCUCGAUCAGAAUGGUGUGCCGUCGCCGGAACCUGAAAACCAAAAACGCACGAAAUCGGAGUCAGCAGGGGACCAAGAGCUCACAUUUGCCGAUCUUGGAUUGGACCCUCGUCUUGUCCAGGCGGUUGCCGAACAGACCUUCCUCAAGCCUACUCUUGUUCAACGCAAAGCCAUACCGCUAGCGCUCAAUGGAAAAGAUGUUCUUUGCAAGUCCAAGACUGGCUCAGGAAAGACUGCGGCUUAUGUUCUUCCAGUCUUGACUGCCAUCCUCAAGAAGAAAACCGCCGAAACUGUCGCUGCGACGUCCGCAUUGAUAUUGGUACCAACUCGAGAACUGGCCGACCAAGUCUUCAAAGUGAUCGAACAAUUCUCCUCGUUUUGUGCCAAAGAUGUUCGCGCUGUCAAGCUGACGGAUAAACUGUCCGACGCCGUACAGAGGUCUCUACUGUCUACGAAUCCCGACAUUGUCAUAUCUACCCCCGCACGAGCCUGGUACAAUGUGAAAUCAAACCAGUCCUCUCUCUCCCUCGACAAACUUACCCACCUCGUAUUGGACGAGGCUGAUCUGCUACUAUCAUAUGGAUAUGACGAGGACCUGGAGAACCUGUCUUGGUCAAUACCUAAGGGAAUACAGACUAUCAUGAUGAGCGCCACUCUUACAGCAGAAAUCGAGUCGCUCAAGAAAAUUUUUUACCGCGACAACGCUCCAACUCUACUUGACCUUGAAGAGCCCGAUGCCGAAGGCGAGGGGAUAACGCAGUUGGUCACAAAAUGUGCCGAGGACGAGAAAUUCCUCUUGGCCUACAUCAUUUUUAAGCUCCAGCUAGUCAAGGGCAAAUGUAUAAUAUUUGUCGGCGAUAUCGACCGAUGCUACCGAUUGAAACUCUUUUUUGAGCAGUUUGGCAUCAGGAGCUGUAUUCUAAACUCAGAAUUACCCGUAAACUCAAGAAUCCACGUCGUGGAAGAAUUCAACCGCAAUGUUUAUGACAUCAUUAUUGCUUCAGACGAGAAGGAGGUUCUUGGGAAUGAAGAAAAAGCCGACGAGGAAGAAAACAAUGAAGACGAACAGGAAGAGGAUUCUGACGCGGAGAAGGAAGAACGACGACCCAAGAAGAAGCGCAAGGCAUCCAAACGAGACAAGGAAUACGGUGUCUCUCGAGGUAUUGAUUUUAAGAAUGUGGCUGCUGUCAUCAACUUUGAUCUCCCAACAUCCGCUUCGUCAUACACCCACCGUAUUGGGCGAACCGCACGGGCUGGCAAGGCUGGCAUGGCGUUGUCAUUUGUUAUUCCCAAGGAGCAGUUCCGGAAACACAUGCCUACAUCGAUUCAAAGUGCAGAGAAUGAUGAAAAGGUUCUGGCGAGAAUCACGAGGCAACAGGCCAAGAAGGGCAAGGAAAUCAAGCCCUACAAUUUCAACACCAAGCAAGUGGAGGCCUUCCGAUAUCGCAUGAACGAUGCUCUGCGUGCUGUUACCAAGGUGGCAGUUCGCGAGGCGCGAACCCGGGAAUUACGUCAGGAGCUAAUGAAGAGCGAAAAACUAAAGAGAUACUUUGAAGAGAACCCGUCUGAAAUCAACCACCUCCGUCAUGACGGUGAAUUGAGAACUGCAAGACAGCAAGCUCAUUUGAAGCACAUUCCAGACUACCUGUUACCGAAGGAUGGCAAGAAGGACCUUACAGAAAAUGACAUUGGUUUUGUGCCGUUGAGAAAGCCUGGCAGCCUACGUGGCCAUCGAAAAGGCAAAGGCACGAAACGGGGCGGGUUCAGGGUUGGUGCUAGAAAAGGCGAUCCUCUCAAGACUUUCAAGGCAAGGCGAAAGACGAAGUGA